GUACAAAGGAUAGGACCUGGAGCGCCUCUUACUCAUCCCGCCUCGACUGAGCACCUCCCCGCCAUCGUUGCUUUGCUUCAUCAAUGUGUUUUUCUUGAGAUGUGUAUCAGCGGACCAUGGCACUGAUCUUGGUCACCAUGCGUUACCUACCUAGCAAAUGCCUCUUGAUCGUGGACGCGCUUCGAGAGCCUGUACCGCGUGUCGCAAACAGAAGACGAGAUGCUACGAAUCAGCCAGGGAUCUAGCCUGUCUCCGGUGUAAGCAUAUCGGGCAGUGGUGCUCUCUAGAGCUAGACAGCACGGCAUCCGCUGUUCGUCACGACCAUCAAUUGAGCAACGCGGAUGUUACACAACAUCAAGAUGAUGCGAGAUAUCUGACCCCAUCACAGCUUGCUUUUCACCUGGUUAUCAAAGAAGAUUUGAGCGUCUGGAGAGACUCGUCGAGAGACUGUCGAGCAGGGUCGCGAAAUUGGAGACCAAAGCCGCAAGAUCUAGUGACCAACAGCCAGUGCAAGUGCGUGGUCCGCAACAGCUCAGCGGGACUUCAAUACCUGAUAAGGAAUCUGCGCCACUAAUCGUUCUUCGCGAGGUCGCUACAGAAACGGGCAUCCGGAUCCCAGACCGAGCAGGCAUCAUUACUCCUUUACACAACCUAGCAAACAACAUCAUCCUG